AUGGCUGCACGAGCGACCGCGCAACGACGACUCGCGAGCAUCUCGUCCCAACUCGCACCCGCCGCUCCUCCUGCGCCCGACUGGAACAGCGCACUCCAAGCCUUGCAGUCGAUAUUCCCACCCGAACAGCUCUCACUCGACUUGCCCACACGCGAGAAGUACGGCACUGGUUGGGGCUCACUCCUGCCGCCCGCGCCGCCGCAUGCCGUCGUCCACACCUUGCGGACACAGGAUGUCGUCGAGGUCGUGCGGAUUGCGACUCGCUUUGGGAUCGUCAUUAUCCCCACUGGAGGACGGACAGCGCUUGAGGGACAGUUCCAGGCGAGUUGUUGCAACCCACCAGCUGGAGAACGGUGGACGGGAGGAGCGAACGGCGAGGAGGACGAGCGACCGCGAGAUGCCAAGAAGCGCGAGACGGCACGAACGGAACGUCCUACGAUCCAGGUCUCACUCAGCAGGAUGAACAGGGUCCUUGCGGUGCACGAGCAGGACUUUCAGGCGGUUGUGCAGCCCGGAAUCGGAUGGCAAGGGUUGAACGAGUUCCUUGCGAAGAAGGGCAUCAAGCUGUUCUUCCCCGUUGACCCAGCACCAGGAUCCGAGUUCGGAGGAAUGGCAGGAGUUGCAGGAUCCGGAACGAACGCUGUUGGCUAUGGUACCCUCCGCGCCGAGUGGAUCCAGUCAAUGGAGGUCGUGCUCAUGAACGGAGACGUGAUCCGAACACGAGGGUCGAACCGCGCAAGGAAAAGCUCGACGGGGUGGGACACGGGACGGCUAUUUCUGGGGAGCGAAGGAACGCUCGGGAUCAUCACCGAGCUAACAGUCCGCCUCGCGCCCGUCCUCCCGCUCAAAGUCGCCCUCACCUCCUUCCCCACCAUCUCCAGCGCCGUCUCCACAGUUGUUAGCAUCCUCACCUCCGGCCUCUCCCCAACGUCCCUCGAACUCCUCGACGGCACCUCUAUCCGCGGCCUCAACCUCGCUCGGAUCUUGCCGGAAAGACUGGAGGAAGAACCGACUGUGUUGAUGAGGUUCUCGAAUGCGAGUGAGGAGGUUAACGCGCAGAAUUUGAGGAAGGUCGCGGGAAUUGUGGAGGAGAAUGGAGGGAGGAGGCUGAGGGUUGCGAGGGAUGAGAGGGAGAAUGAGGAGUUGUGGAAGGCGAGGAAGAGCCAGUAUUGGUCGCAGCAGCUGCUUGUGGGCGAAGGCUGCCGGACACUCAUCACCGACAUCUGCGUCCCCAUCUCCCGCCUCGCCGAAUUCGUCUCCCGCUCCGACUCCUACGUCUCCACCUCCGGCCUCUACGCACCGAUCGUCGCGCACAUUGGUGACGGUAACGUUCACCGCGCGAUCCUGUGGAAGGGCAGGGAGGGGGAGACGAAGCCUCCGAGAGAGGUGGAGGAGCUGGCGAAGAAGUUGGUGAGGCUGGCGCAGGAGUUGGAGGGGACUUGUGCGGGCGAGCAUGGCAUUGGCCUGACGAAGCGGAAGUACCUCCGCGCCGAGCUGGGCGAAGGCACGCUCGCUCUGAUGCGGACGGUCAAGCGCGCACUCGACCCGCUCAACUUGUUGAAUCCGGACAAGGUGUUGUUCCCCGAGGGCGAGGAGGAGUGGGAUGCAUAG